CUCAUUUUCAUCCCUCUCCAAGGCCGCCUGAGUCGUCCUGAUGCUGUUUCUGACACGCUCUCUCGAUGAACAUCUCGACUGACUCAUCCGCCGCCAAGCAACAUGGAUGAAGGCAGCGACUCAAGCAAGCAGUCGCCCAACGACACUACAGAGAAGAGCAGCAGCGCCUCCUCUGUCCACCCUUCGCUCAACUUGCCUCAGAACGGCUCUCACAUCGAUCCCAAGGCUCAGCCGAUGAGUGAUCUGCCGCUCGACGCUCAGGGCGAAGCAGCAGCGUCUGCCGGCUCAGCAGAGGACAGCAGUGGCCAGCAGGGCGCGGCAGACGCCAAGCAGGAUGAUGCGAUGGAGAGGCUGGCGGCGUAUCUGCUGAGCAUCGCAAAAGACUCACCCGAACACAAGCAGCAGCGACCGGAGCAGCCCAACCCCUCCCCCCUCUCAGCCAAAGACGACACAGACACCGCAGGCGAGCCCUCCCCACUGACCGUCGCUUCACAGCAGCAGAACCAGGCGGGCGGCACUGCGGGCGGGGCGGCUGAGGGUGCCGGUGAGGGUGGUGAGGGCGGUGGCGGUGAGCAGCAGGAGAGUGGUGAUGGUGACGGGAGUGGGGAUAAAAAGGACGGCAGUGGUCAGGAGGGCGGGGCGGGAGGUCAGGAGGACGAUGAGGAAGACGAAGACAAGCACCCGUCCCCCAACGGACCACAAGAAGAAGCGGUGAGUGAGUGAGUGAGUGAGUGGUGGGUCGGUUGCACGAACUGGAUGCGUCUCUCUGUCUGUCUGUCUGUGUGUGUGUGUGUGUUCAGGGCUGUCUUCUGCUGCAGGUUGGGUAUGGCCGCCUCAGCUCGCUGCGCCUGCCGUUUCGUGUCGGUGUUGGCAAGGAGUACGAGGUGCAGUCCAUGAUACAAGUUCACAACCAUACGGCACAGGCCACUGGUGAGUGAGCAAACAGCGGCGACCAACACGAGCACAAACCGUCACAAACCUGUUCGUUGUAUCGUGUGUGUCCUUCAGUCGUGUCGUGGGAAGACGGCAAGAAGCUCAUCUGCCAGAUGGUACACCGCCCAUCCAUCCAUCCAUCCAUCAACACAUUGUUUGUCUUGUCGUCGGUUUCAGGCGCGACCCUUCGACGUGCCGUCGCUGCUCUCCGAUGUGAAGAAGAACCUGCCGUGGACCAAGGGGGGAGGUGACAAAGAGCCCAACAAGUCCACCAAAGAGCCCAACAAGCCCACCAAGACCCUCCGUCAUCAUCUGGCUGAGGCGCUAGGGUACAAGUUCAAGUUCGACAUCGGUGCUGACGCCAUUGUAGCUGACACUGGUGGUGGUGGUGAUCGUGAGGGGCAACGCGAGCGUGUCUGAGGACCAGAAGGCCGGUGGUGAC